AUGAAGCAAAGGUUCUCGUCGCUGGAUGUCAGUGUCAUCGCAUAUGAGCUCAAUCAGAGCCUGGUACCCCUUCGCCUGGCCAACGUGUAUGACCUCUCGUCAAAGAUCUUGCUCUUCAAGUUUGCAAAGCCCAACGACAAGAAGCAGUUGGUCAUCGACACAGGAUUUCGCUGCCAUUUGACCAAGUUUGCCCGUACCACAGCGGCUGCGCCUUCCGCCUUCGUGGCCCGACUCCGCAAAGUCCUCAAAACGCGACGUCUGACCUCUGUGACGCAAGUCGGCACCGAUAGAAUCCUCGAGUUCCGGUUCAGCGAUGGCCAGUACAAAUUAUUCCUCGAGUUUUUCGCGAGUGGCAAUAUCAUCCUUACCGAUGCCGACCUGAAAAUCCUGAGCUUGUCCAGGAAUGUUUCGGAAGGAGAAGGCCAGGAGCCCCAACGAGUCGGCCUGCAGUAUUCGCUCGACAAUAGGCAAAACUUCCACGGCGUGCCGCCUCUAACCAGGGAACGAGUUGCAGAUGCUCUAAAGCUGGCCAUCGAAAAACCUGCUGCUUCGACAGCCUUUGCUAAAAGAAAAAGCAAACCAGGCGGAGAUUUGCGGAAAGCUCUAGCGGCUUCCGUAACCGAGCUUCCUCCCGUGCUGGUGGACCAUGUCCUCCAGUCAAAUGGUUUUGACGCGACCGUAAAACCGGGCGAUGUAUUGAACCACGAUGCACUCCUCGACGAGCUAGUGCAACUUUUAGCUCAAGCGAAAGUUUUGGUUGAGAAAAUCACGGGGUCCGAAACAUGCACUGGCUAUAUCUUCGCGAAGCGAAGAGGAGAUGAAGACUUGAGAGCCGGGGGCUCGAGUGUCAUCGGCGCCCCGACGAGCCGAGAGCACUUGCUCUACGAAGAUUUCCACCCGUUCAUACCAUACAAUCUUCAAAAGGACCCAAAACUUCAAAUCUUGGAGUUUCAGGGCUAUAACCAGACUGUGGACGAGUUCUUCUCCUCAUUGGAGGGCCAAAAGUUGGAGAUGAGGCUGAACGAGAGGGAAACCGCUGCCAAGAGAAAGCUCGAGGCAGCCAGUGCAGAGCAAGUGAAGAGGAUAGAAGGCUUACAAGAAGCUCAGACACUAAACAUGCGCAAGGCUGCAGCAAUAGAAGCAAGUGUGGACUGGGUGCAAGAAGCUAUUGAUGCAGUCAACGGAUUGCUCGCUCAAGGCAUGGACUGGGUCGAUAUCGGCAAGCUCAUUGAGCGUGAAAAGAAGAGAAACAACCCGGUCGCCAGCAUCAUAGCUCUACCGCUUAACUUGGCGGAAAAUAUCAUAACGUUGAACCUGGCAGAAGAAGAAGUGGAAGACGAGCAAGAAGUAGAUCCUUACGAGACGGACGACAGCGACUCGGAAAAUGGCUCGGAAAAUGGCAUCGCAGCUUCCAGUUCUCACGAGAUGAAUCAACCCGCCAAGCUUCUGCAGGUCGAGAUCAACUUGACACUCAGCCCCUGGAGCAACGCCAGAGAGUAUUACGAGCAACGGCGCACAGCAGUGGUCAAGGAGGAAAAGACCCAACAACAAGCAGCUCGAGCCCUGAAGAAUACCGAGCAGAAGAUCAAGGAAGACCUCAGAAAGGGUCUGAAGCAAGAAAAGGCACUCCUGCAACCAAUCCGAGCACAAUUGUGGUUCGAAAAGUUUCUAUGGUUCAUCUCGUCAGACGGCUACCUUGUGCUGGGAGGAAAGGAUGCCCAUCAAAACGAGAUGCUCUACAAGAGGCACUUGCGAAAGGGUGACGUUUAUUGUCAUGCCGAUCUCAAGGGAGCGGCUAGCGUGGUCAUCAAGAACAAUCCCAGCACCCCCAAUGCGCCAAUUCCACCUGCAACCUUGGCCCAGGCCGGAAAUCUCUCCGUCUGCGCAUCCGAAGCGUGGGACCAGAAAGCCGGUAUGGGGGCUUGGUGGGUACAUGCAGACCAAGUGUCUAAAUCGGCUCAGGAUGGAGGAUUUUUGCCAACGGGAAGUUUCAUGGUGCGCGGGAGCAAGAAUUUCCUGCCCCCGGCGCAACUACUCCUCGGCCUUGGAAUCACGUUCAGGAUUAGCGAAGAGAGCAAAAAGAAGCACGUGAGGCACAGGCUACAUGACUGCGACGCAGUCGUUGGUUCUAAAGUCGCCCCCGUGGAAGCAAAUGUCAGUGUCGCCGACAACACAGGAGAGAGUGAUGACGGGAGUGACGCGGAGAGUGAUGUUAACCACGGACACAAAGAGGAAGAAGCUCGUGUUCACUCGCUCCAAAGAUCAGACUGUCAAAAACAGAUGGCGAAUGCAGGAGAUUGUCAUGUUGAGAAAGUCGCAGAUGCUAUGGCAGCAUGUCAAAUCGAGAAGCAGCCGGCUACGGAAUGCCAGGACGAUGGCGCGGGAAAAGGGUCCGCGCAGGAUGAGUUCGAGCUCGCUAUUCAGGCGACGGAAGCGGAAGAGCCCGCUGAGACGGCAUCAUCAACAUCGGCUGCUGGUCACGCUGGGGCGCAAACUCCUCCCGCGGAAUCGGGGUCCAAAAAGCCUUCUCUCAAGCGGGGUCAAAAAGGAAAAGCCAAGAAGAUUGCGACCAAGUACAGAGACCAAGACGAAGAGGACCGCCUGGCGGCCGAGGCUGUCAUUGGCGCAGCGGCUGGCCAGAAACGUCUCGAGGCCGAGGCCAAGGCCAAGGCUGACAAGCAAGCCGAGCUGGAAGCUGCCAAAGAACGCCGCCGCGCUCAGCAUAAGCGCCAGCAAAGGGAGGUGGCCGAGCACGAAGAGAUGCGCAAGGUCAUGAUGGACGAGGGGGGCGUCGAGGUGCUCGAACCCGACGGGGCUGAGCAAGCCGCUGAUCUGGAUGCGCUCGUGGGCACAGCCCUCGCCGGCGACGAGAUUCUGGAAGCGAUCCCCGUCUGCGCGCCCUGGAACGCCCUGGCAAAGUUCAAGUACAAAGCCAAGAUGCAACCAGGAGCGGCCAAAAAGGGCAAGGCUGUGAGGGAAGUGGUGGAGAAGUGGAGGGCGGACUCUGGCAAGAAAGGCGCCGUCGACGACUCGGCCCGGGAUGCGGAGAAGAUGUGGCCGCGGGAAGUGGAACUGAUCAAGGGCCUCAAGGUGGAAGAGAUUGUCAAUUGCGUCCCCGCGGGCAGAGUAAGAGUCAUGAUGAGCGGCGGAAAAGGCAGAGCAGGGGGUAAACCAGCCAGAGGUGGCAAGGGCAACAAGUGA